UUCGCCCCUCCUAUUGGUGGAAUUCGGAGUGGUACAUUCCGGCAUCCCAGCUGAGAGAUCGAAGGGAGGAGUGGUCCAUUUCUAGGACUAAGGGGGUGUCCGGGCCUAAGUCUGGUUUGUGAGGCCUGGCUGGAUUUUUGCAGCUAUCUCGUCUCGUUGUCAAGGGAGAGGCGACGAAGCAAGGGAGCAGGGAUACUGAAGAAUGAAGCCGGUGGUGCCGUGACCGGCUUAGGAGGAGAAAAAGAUAGCCAGAGGAGAGAGAGAGAGACAUGGACAGCCAGUGCACUGUGCAGGUGAAGUUGGAAUUGGGUCAUCGUGCCCAGCUGAGGAAGAAGCCCACAACAGAUGGAUUCACCCACGACUGGAUGGUUUUUGUGCGAGGUCCAGAGCAGUUUAACAUCCAGCACUUUGUAGAAAAGGUGGUGUUUAGACUUCAUGAUAGCUUCCCCAAACCCAAGCGUGUGUGCAAGGAACCCCCAUACAAAGUGGAAGAAACUGGGUACGCCGGCUUUAUCUUGCCAAUUGAAGUGUACUUCAAAAACAAGGAAGAACCAAAAAAAGUCUGCUUCACCUACGACUUGUUCCUGAAUCUAGAAGGAAAUCCUCCAGUCAACCACUUGCGCUGUGAAAAGCUAACGUUCAACAACCCCACUAAGGAGUUUCGCGGGAAGCUGCUGAAAGCAGGAGGGGUGAUGGUAAUGCCAGAGGGAGCUGAAGCUGUAUCCAGACCUAGCCCGGACUACCCAAUGCUACCAACAAUACCUCUUUCUGCUUUCUCAGACCCAAAGAAAGCCAAGCCAUCUCAUGGUUCAAAGGAUGGAUGUAAAGAUAGCAGCAAAGUGUCAAAACACCACAAGGUGACAAAGGAGCAUCGGGAACGUCCAAGGAAAGAUUCGGAAAGCAAAGGGAAAGAAAGUGAACCAAGUAAAUUGAUUAAAGAAUCUUCCUCCCGGAAACUAGUUGAAAAUAAGCCCCCAAAAGAAGACAAGUCCCAUGUCAAAGCGGCUUUUAAAGAACAGAAGUUAUUAAAAGAACCCAAACAGGAGAGUAUGUCUCCUAAAGGAGCCCCACCUGAAAUUAAGCCCUCAAGCAAAAGACCGCCCAACACAGACUCACCCAAAUCCAGCAAAAAACCUAAGAAAAUAACUUCUAAAAGUCAGGUCUCUAGUACUUCUCCACGAGGUGCUCCUAACCCUUCCUCUACGAAUACCACUACCACCUCCUCAUACCCAGAGAAGAAGCCAGUAAAGGAAAAGCCUGGUAGCAAAUCAGAUAGACCCAAAUCAGAGAGCGACCUUAAGAAAACAACGGAAGCUGAGGAUUCAAACUCAGAUGAUGAGGCGUCGUCAAAGUCUGAUGAAGUAAAGGACACUGCAGAAAGGAAGUUAAAAAAGGAUUUAAAGUCUGUUCCAUCUAGCCCCUCAAACAGUAGCUCCAGUUCUGACUCAAGCUCUGAAUCGGACUUUGAACCCUCACAGAAGCACAGCCAGGGCCCAUUGCGAUCUAUGGUUGAAGAUCUGCAGUCUGAAGAGUCUGAUGAUGACAGUUCGUGUGGCGAUGAGGUGGCACGUAAGACCAAAACAACUGGUCGAGACUCUAGGAUGAGUCUCAGCGACAGUGAUAGCGACAGCAGUGAUGACUCAUGUGCCCCUAGUAGGGGCCCUGUCUCAAUCCAGAAGAUGCCCCCAGCAAAUAUCAAGACUACUGGGCGGAGAAGUCCCGAAUCCUGCACUAAAGCAGACAAGCUGAUGAAGAAGGGCGUAUAUGACAAGGCAUACACAGACGAGCUAGUUGAUUUACAUCGAAGACUGAUGGCUCUGCGAGAAAGAAAUGUCUUGCAACAGAUUGUUAACCUCAUUGAGGAGACUGGACACUUCAACGUAACAAACACAACUUUUGACUUUGACCUCUUUUCUUUGGAUGAGACGACUGUGCGCAAGCUGCAGAGUUACCUGGAAGCUGGAGCUACAUGACCCUGGAGGAAAGGGGGAGGAAUGGAGAGUAUAGGGUGGGGUGUGGAGCACGUCGCUCUUGGAAAAACCCACCCUUUGGACCAGUCUAGGUAUCUGGUUCAGGGCACCAUGGGGUGCGGCCAGCCGCUCCCAGUUAAUUAAAUCUCAUUUGUUGAGAAACCAAUGCUUCUCCCACUGGAAUGACAUCACUCCAGUACAUUUUUAAAUGUGAGAUUUGUAUUCUCCUUUGGCUGUACAUGGGUUAACAGGAUUUUUUUUUAUCCUUUUUGUACUCUCAAAAUACAGAUUUACCACAGAGAUGUUAGCGAUUCUGCUUCGCAAGUUACGUCUGGCUCUGCAGGUUAGGAGCAGAUUUGUGGCUUUUGUGAGAGAUCUCAAUAACAACGUGCAGUGUAUAUAAAUAAUAUAUGCUCACACCUACAACCAUGUAAAAAUGUACACAAUGUGCAUGUAUUUAUAUAAAAUUGCAAAAAAAAAGUCAAUUUUAUGCAUCAAUAUCAACACUUCAUUAUACAUUUCCAUAAUAUUUCUUUUGACCACAGAUUGAGUUCAUCUGUAUUUUGCGACUACAAUGAUCUGUAAGAGACUUGUCCUUCAAGUCGAGUAAACCCUAUGGUGGAGGAUUAAAGCAGCGCAACUGCUGUUCCUUACAUUGAAUCAUUUCUUACAGACUUCACCUCCCCCCUCUAUACCGUUAAGUGUUUUUUCUUUUAAGAAGAAAUGUAAACAAGAAGAUUCUAUAUCAGGCGAGUGCAAAGAGAGACUAAACACAGGCUUCACUCUGCUUCAGAAUCAUUACGGAACUUCAAAUCUGUAAACUGUAUAUGAUAUAUAUAUUAUAUAUAUGUAUGUAUUUUAUGUAUAAGAGAGCCUAAAGAGGCGUAUGAUUUCACUUUUUUAUUCUUUGAGGGUUAAGGGUUAAACAAGGAAUUUUAUAAGUUUUUUUUUUUUUUUUUUUCAAUUCUCUGCCGUCAUUUUAAUACUGCAUUUUUAUUUGUUUGAACAGGAGAUGGAAAUGGAUAGGUGGAUAUUGUGGUGUUUUUAAAGGCCUUGAUGGUGUUAAAAGAAGGAUUUCAGAAGAAAGUUUGUUGUUGGAUUUUAAAAAUUCUUUUAACAGUUUUGCUACUAUAGGGGUUUCUAAGUGCUUCUUUUUUGGUAUUAGGGGUGGAUUGCUUCUGAUAAAAAAAUUAAAUCAGGAGAUAUUUAUAGUGCGGGAGGGACAGUAUUUAUGUGGAUCUUUAUUUGCGCUAGCAAAUAUAACAAUAUUUCACGUGCUGAAAGAUCCUUAUCUAGCUUUUUUAAAAAACUCCACACUACAUGAUAUCCUUUCACAUUUUUUAUGUAGAUAAUUCCCAUUUUUCUUUCCAAAAUUUCCUCCUCAUCCCUUUCGCUGAUCAUUCUUUACUGUAUCUUAAAAUCUCUUUUCCCCUUUAGAGGAUAAUUUACAUGGUUUAAUCCUUUUCAAUCUGUCCAUUCACAAAGUGUGAAACACUAAAUAUGGUUAUUUGCUGGUUAGACUGUUUUGUAGGCUGUUGCUGGACUGUCGUUUUGCCCCUCCUAGGACCAAAAUAAUCCAAAAAAUCUACAACGCAUACAAGGGGCCAAUUUAGUGGGUUAUCUAUUCCCCACCUAUGUUUCUAGAUUUUUUUUCUGAACAAAUGUUUUAAUGUGUUCAACUGAAUUUACCUUUCCUUUAGCACUUCUAACUUUUAGUAAUUGUUGAUCACAAACUGCCCUCCACUUACAGACCAGGCACCUUCCAAAAGAACACUAGACAAAUUCUGCUAAACCUAUUAAACUAUUGAUUUGGGAAAAACUGCCAUAAUCACUACAAUAUUUUAAUCUUCCCAGUGUAAACAACAAAUUUACAGAAGCAAUAGUGAGCACAUUUUUUUAUGGCACUGAGAAAAUAAAUAAAUUAAAAAAAAUAUAUAUAUAUACACAUAUAUACUUUUGGUCUUCCAGAUACCAGUAUUUAAUUUCCUCCACCUGAUAUCAGUAUUUGGCAACUGGACUUAGUUUCCUAUAUAUGGUUUAGCUUCUUGGUGGCAGUUUCUCCAGGAGUACAUUCUUUAAAAGCCCUAAAUGUCUAGGGGCAAAAAAAAAAAAAAUAAGACAACUGCAUGAUAUGUUUUAUAUGGAUGCAGGUAAGCCUAUUAUGGAAUGGAAAAUUGACUAUAAAUAUGGGUAUAUUCAUUUUAAUCUCAGAUCCGUGAACAUUGCUACAUUUAUUUGCAGCAAUAUGGAUACUUUUGUUACCAAGGCAUUAUGUAAUAGAUUUUGCAAGUUUAACGGUUAUAAACCUGUGCUUUUAAACAAGAUAAAAUGCCUUUCAGAACAGUUUUAUUGCCCAAGAACAGUAUUUAUUAUUGUAUCAAGGAAAAAAAAAAUCUUGGUAUUAAAAAUAAAUUUGAGUGUGACAAUUGUAUUGGUAAUGAUGCAGAGCUAUUUGGUCCUGUUAUUUUUAUUUAAAUAAUGGAAAGCUUCAGAAGAUUUUAUAGGAAAAAAGUGAAAUAAAGAUGGAUGGAUGUUUUAA